CGCUUGACCAAGAGGAGGAGACAGGUUGGCCCUUGGGGGAUCGGUGUCCCACUGGUUGGUUUCUCCUCCCUGAGCAGGUGGCUGCGGGUUUUUCCAGGGUGUGAUCUUGGUUUCCUGACUUCCUCGGAGUUAAAUAUUAAAGCGCAGGAGGUUCUGGGCACUCAGAAAUUCCGGAGGAUUUGUAACCAGCGGGCAUCACUGGCACCCACAGCUGUGGCUGGGGGAUGUAUUGAAUGCUACGUGGCGAUUACAAAGCUGGAAAUUUACAGGCGAGGUGAGGAGGAACAUGCGGAGAUGGAAGGGCGCAGGAAGGGCGUCCUCGCCGUGCUGAUCAUCCUGGUUGGACUGGCAGCUUCUGGAUCCAGCUAUGAAAUCAUAGAGGGUCCUAAGAACCUCACAGUCUUACAGGGCUCGGAGGCCCGCUUCAACUGCACCGUCUCCCCGGGCUGGAGGCUCAUCAUGUGGGCGCUCAACAACACAGUGGUCCUGAGUCUUACACCCUCCGAGCCCAUCAUCACCAGCGACCGCUUCACUUCCUCCAGCUACCAAGUGGAUGGCAACUUCGUCUCAGAGAUGGUUAUCCACAACGUGCAGCUCAAUGACUCUGGGCGCAUCAGGUGCAGUCUGCAGAACAGUGAGGUGGAUGCGACUGCCUUCCUCUCAGUGCAAGCCAUGGGAGACUUGUACAUUCCCGGAGGUAGCCUGAGCGUCAUAGAGGACGAGCCUUGUAAUGUCACUUGUCGCGCCACGGGCUGGACCCAGCUCCCUGAUAUUUCCUGGGAGAUCGGUGUCCCCGUGAGCCAUUCCAGCUACUUUUCCACUCUGGAGCCUGGGGACUUUCCAAGUGCCACGAGCAUCCUGACUCUCACGCCACAGGGCAACGGUAUGCUCACCUGUGUGGCUACCAUGAGCAGUCUGCAGGUCAGCAAGUCUGUGACCGUGAACCUCACCGUGGUCCAGCCCCCUCUGGGCAGUAUUGAUAAGCCAAACACAUCAUUGCCUACCUGGGCCAUAGUUCUACUUGCUGUGUCACUUUCAUUGCUUUUGAUCCUGGUCAUUGUUCUGAUUGUAAUAUUCUGCUGCUGUUGUGUCUCCGGAAGAGAAAAAAAAGAAUCCAGUUAUCAAAGUGAAAUAAGGAAAUCUGCACAGGUCAAGACAACAAACCAAGAAACUUCUGAGACAAAAUUAAGAAGCGGAAAUGAAAACCGUGGAUACAGUUCUGACGAACCAAGGGCUGCUGAGGCUGACUCAAUCCCCCCCAGAUCCAGAGAAUUUGGGGUACUGGAGCAGCAGAGUCGUACCCAUGCUUAUCAGGACCAGGACCUGCAUUGGCCCAGCCACUCCGCAAGUGGGCCCCGGGUUUCCGUCAACGUGGCCAGUCCCCGGAAAGUCAGAAACGUGACCAUGGUGUAGGGAAGCCUUCCUUUGGACUUCACUUUGCCCUUGUCUGAUGGCUGCAGAGCUAUGUCCUACUUCAUAUUCAUCGGGAGCCUGUCUGCAGCUGGGUCAGUGUGGCCUGGAAGGGGGACUCUGGAGCCACUGGACCGGACCCUGUACCCUGAGAGGAAGAAAUGACUUUCCCAGUUUCUGAAGCAGAAUUUGACUUUUCUGUUUGAACUCUCAGUGAAUUCCAUGAGAUUACCAAGAAAAAAAAAGUGCCGAUUCAUCCCAUGCUGCUUCUAACACUCCGGCCAGCAAAUCCAAUGAAUAAUGAACUCUACUUUACUGCAGCAUUUAGAAUGCUUUUGUUAUCUUCAAUCCAUAUUAUCUUCAGCCCAUAUUCAGAUUUAUUUAUAUGUGUAUCACAUGUUAUCAGUGAGUUAAGAGGACAGCAAUUAGUACCAAUUAGAAAUCUAACAUUGGUAGGUUGCAGUGCUCAGUGAGUUAAAAUUAAGAAUAAAUUAUAAUGCUUAUGAAUAACCCACAAUUGUAUUUUUAUUGAUUUUUGGGCCAAUUCCUUAUUAGGCUGUCCUCAUCUCCUCAUCUGAAUUAAAUGCAGAGGGUGCUUCUAAGGGAUGAAUCUUAUUCCAUAGACAAGAAAAAAACUGGAAGUGAACCACUUGGUCUUUAAUAAGCAAAACAGAAA